AAAGGCACAGCAGCACCAGCGGCGGCAGCAGCGUCAAUGCAUCUGUGAGUCUUCGAAUCGGCUGUCUUGAGCUGCUAGUCCUCUUUACGUUUCAGUUUGAGAUUUCACAGCGCAAGGUCUUGAGGAGCCUCGCCAUCAACCGACACACUUUCCGGAGCUCAGCGUUUAUUCUUAGCUCGGCUCUAAGAGACUAUUCUCACGACCCUAUUCUAUUUAUGCCAGUUUCUUGAAUAUUUAAUGGAAAAUGGCGAUCUGCGCUCAGUCCUACGGUAUCUGCUGUCUGUUCUCAAUCCAAACUAUCCUCAUCAUUAGCUUCUCUUCGCCGGCAACGGGGAGCCUCCGUUUUCCCCAACACUACACAAUGAUGCAUUGGGCAGGCCGCAUUGAGAAGGAGCUGGAGAAGACUAUACAACUGGUCACUGGAACUGAACAGAUAAGAGGGAUUUACAAUGAGAAGAAGAGUCAGUUUGACAUCAAGAGGAACAAUCCCAAGGACCUGGUGGAGAGGGUGGCACGAGACAUUGCCAAGCUGCUCACUAGCAAGAGGAGAGCCCUGGAGAGGCUGGCCAGGGAGGCGGAGCAGCUGCAGACAGAUUUUCCCUGGCUGGACAGUAUCAAGGAGAGCGACAUGGAGUACUAUGAUUCGAAAGCGGAAUCAGACUAUACGGAGGACGGAGAUGGGGAAGAGAAUCUGAUGGAGAACCCCUACUCCAUGAAGCUGGAGUUUGUGGACGAUCCCAACUUUAAAAACAAGGUCAACUACUCCUAUAGCGCCGUCCAGAUCCCCACAGACAUCUAUAAGGGCUCACCAGUCAUCCUGAAUGAGCUGAACUGGACCCAGGCUCUGGAGAGGGUUUUCAUUGAUAACCGCCGGGAGGACAGCUCUUUGCGCUGGCAGGUGUUCGGCAGCGCCACGGGGGUCACAAGAUACUACCCAGCUACUCCAUGGAGAGCACCCAAUAAGAUUGACCUGUAUGAUGUCCGCAGGCGGCCAUGGUACAUCCAAGGGGCAUCAUCUCCCAAGGACAUGAUCAUCAUUGUGGACGUGAGUGGCAGUGUCAGUGGACUCACUCUGAAACUGAUGAAGACGUCGGUGAUGGAGAUGCUAGACACUCUGUCAGAUGACGACUAUGUGAAUGUAGCCAGGUUUAACGAGAAGGCCGAUGCUGUCGUCCCCUGUUUUAAGACCUUGGUCCAGGCCAACAUGAGAAACAAGAAGAUCUUCAAGGAGUCCAUCAUGCACAUGCAAGCCAAAGGAACCACUGACUACAAGUCUGGCUUCCAGUUCGCCUUCGAACAGCUACUCAAUGAUACCGGCGCCCCGAGGGCAGGCUGCAAUAAGAUGAUAAUGAUGUUUACAGAUGGAGGGGAGGAUCGUGCACAGGACAUCUUUGAGAAGUACAACUGGCCCAACAAAACCAUUCGAGUAUUUACCUUUUCAGUCGGGCAGCACAACUAUGAUGUCACCCCUUUGCAGUGGAUAGCUUGUGCCAAUAAAGGAUUCUACUACGAGAUUCCAUCCAUUGGAGCCAUUAGAAUUAACACACAGGAGUACCUGGAUGUGCUGGGUCGGCCCAUGGUGCUGGCAGGGCCCAAGGCCAAGCAGGUCCAAUGGACCAACGUCUACCAGGAUGCUCUGGGUCUGGGUCUGGUCAUAACUGGGACCAUGCCGGUCUUCAACCUCACCGCUGAUGCCAACUCUCAGACUCAGCUCGUCCUUGGUGUCAUGGGAGUGGAUGUUGCGAUCAAUGAAAUUAAGAGGAAGACACCAACAUACAGGCUUGGAGCCAAUGGAUACACCUUUGCAAUCGACCAAAAUGGCUAUUUGCUCCUGCACCCCAACCUGCAACCUAAGAUCAUUAACUUCAGAGAGCCUGUCACCCUGGACUUCCUGGAUGCUGAGCUAGAGGACAGUAAAAAGGAGGAGAUCCGUCGAGAAAUGAUCGAUGGCAAAUCAGGGCAAAAGAAAAUCAAGACUCUCAUUAAGUCAGUUGAUGAGAGGUACAUUGAUGAGGCUAUGCGGACAUACACCUGGACACCAGUGGAGGGCACAGAUUACAGUCUAGGGCUGGUACUGCCCACAUACAGUGAGAACCACAUCAAGGCUAACCUGAGUGACCAGAUCCUGCAGGUGCAGUAUAAUCUUCCCCUUUCUGUUGCAGAUUUUGAAUCUCUGCUGCCAAACAGUUUUGAGUCUGAAGGACAUGUAUUCAUAGCUCCCAGGGAAUACUGCAACGAGCUAGAGCUCUCCAACAACAACACUGAGUUCCUGCUUAACUUCAUCGCUCUCAUGGAGAAGGUGACACCUGACUCCAAACAAUGUGACAACCUGCUCCUUCAUAACCUCAUCCUGGACACUGGCAUCAUCAGACAACUGGUGGAGAAGGUGUGGAAAACCAAAGACCUCACCACAUAUGGCUUUCUGGCAGUGUUCGCUGCAACAGAUGGAGGGAUUACAAGAGUGUAUCCCAACAAGGCUGCUGAGACUUGGGAGGAGGACCCUGAGCCUUUUAAUGCCAGCUAUUACCGCCGGAGUCUGGACAACAAGGGCUACAUCUUCAGAGCGCCUUAUCGCACCGUGAAUGAUGAGCUGCUGAACCCAGAGAACGACACCAUAGGAAUCCUGGUCAGCACUGCAGUGGAGAUCAUAGUGGGAGGGAAGACCAUCAAACCUGCAGUGGUUGGAGUAAAGCUGGACCUUGAGGCCUGGGUGGACAAAUUCAAGAUCUUGGCUAGCAACCAAACAAGUCCAACAAGUGACAACCGCCAAGUCCAACAAACGUGUGGACCAACCAGUGGCUGUGAGAUGGACUGUGACGCCAACAGCGAAGACCUUCUGUGUUACCUGGUGGAUGACGGUGGUUUUAUGAUCAUGUCCAAUCAGAAGGAUCACUGGAACAAGAUUGGCAUGUUCUUUAGUGAAGUGGACCCCUACCUGAUGCAUGCUCUCUACAACAACUCCUUUUACAACCGGAAGCAGUCCUUUGACUACCAGUCUGUGUGUGACCCCGUGCCAAGCAGCAACACCGGGGCUGCGCCAAGAGGAGUCUUUGUGCCCACCAUUGUGGACUUUGUGAACCUGGCUUGGUGGUCAUCAGCAGCUGCCUGGUCCCUAUUUCAGCAGCUGCUCUAUGGAAUGGCCUACCAUAGUUGGUUUGUCACAGAUGAGGUGGAGGCCGAGGGGAUGGACUCCAGAGAGACCAGCUGUGUGACGAUACAGACUCAGUUCUACUUCACUAACAUCAGCAGCUCCUAUGACAUCCUGCAGGACUGUGGCAACUGCUCCAGGCUGAUCCAUGCCAAGAGGUUAAACAACACCAACCUGCUGUUUGUGGUGGCAGAGAAGAUGCCCUGCAAUACCUGUGAGGUAGAGAAACUGUCCCAGGCGGAGACUGAGUUCAAGGACGAGAACCCAUCAUGUGAGGACAUGAGUGCAGCGAGGUAUCGAAAAGGGCCCACUGUGUGCUACGACUACAAUCUCUCUGAGAACACAUCAGACUGUGGGCGGGGCCACUCCUUCCGCCCCUCACUCCAGACCCUGCUCAUGAUUCAGCUCUUCCUCCUCUAUCCAAUCGCCAGCCCCCAUAUUCUGCCCCUCUUACUUUAAUUCUCCUCCUGUCUACUCUCCCCAGCUUUUUUUCCAUCCUAAAGCCCCCGCCCUCUCCCCUCUAUGCUCGCCCCUGCUCUAGUCAUAGGUUAUAAUGGGACUUCCUGUCACUGCAACUUGGAAGCCCUGAGUACCGCGCUACUGUACCCAGCUAGCUUCAAUUGUUGUUGCUUAGUGACAGUUGCAGGACCUGUAUGUUCUCAGCGAGUUACGUACCUUCAUCCAUGGGAAGAGAUUCAGAAGGUUGGUGUUCCAACCACCACAAUUAUCAGAGGCUAUGUCAGAAAACAAAAAAGACCCCACCCCUACCCGCAUCAACAGGACGAGUGACAAGUUAAAAGACAAGUUGGAUGCAAUGUCACAGACCUCCAGCUGUCAUGGACACAGCAGAGUUUAGGUUGAAUGUUUCUGCCUCUGUUAGUCAGACGGGAUGAGGAGACAUGGCCUCCAUCUCGCUCACUCAUCUCUGACCUGAUCAGUCUCAUCGCUCUGUCAUGUGUCUCUCAUGGGGGGCUACUAUACGGACCAUUCAGACAUUUAUAGCUACUGUAACAAGAGAAUUAAGGAAAAAAUGAACUUUCAAGUAUACAAAAACAUACAAUUAUAAACUGUUGAAGUAUUGAGUAUUCAAAGCAUAUGUUAGGCUAUCAUUUGCAAUGAAAGUUGUUAGUUGUUACAUUAAUUAAUUUAUGCACUAUAUCUACUUCUUGCCAAAAUGAGAGACUUUUCAUGUGGUCUUAUUUUUAUAACCAAAUUAGUGAGAGGAAAAAGAGAAACUCAGAAAGGAAAGCUAGAGAAAUAGUGUUAGGAAUAACUGAGUUGGCUGAAUACCAAUUCUUCUUGAAGACCUCUACUGUUCUCCACUUGAAGUUUGAACUGUUUCUGCCCCUGGAAGCACAGUAUUGUAUUUAUAAUCAUGGUAAUAUGAAAUAGUAGUCUUACAAAGAAUAACAUUUGACGUCUUUGAUCAUCAUAGAUAACUGAUGUUAGGUAAUGAAUCGGUAAUUAUGUGUCCGAAUUGGACAAAGCUAAUUAUAACUUUUCCCUUACAAAAAAAUAAAAAACACUAGGCUACACCAGUUUAUUAUGAAUCAGUAUUAAGCCUCUCAAAAGUCUGAACGUUUGGGCUUCAUUGCUGUAGGUGGUGUGUAGUACAGUGCUAUCCCACUCGGCACACACUAAUUGAAUCAACGUUGUUUCCACGUCAUUUCAACGAAAUUACAUUGAACCAACUUGGCAUCGACGUUGAAUUGACAUCUGUGCCCAGUGGGAUCCUUUCUGAUCAGUGGACAUUCUGACUGACCUUUGCUCCUGACCCCAGUGAAAGCGAACCCCUCUGCCAAUCCUCAUACGGCCGCCACACUGGGUCCACUAAUGUUCCUAGGACUGUAUUUGUAUGUGUUUAAUAUCUGUUGUCACCACAGAAGCGCAGAUACACAAAUAUCUAUUCAGACUGACCCAUAAGUAUCUCAUUUUAGUUGCAGGUAGGUUUUGGCAGAACUUAGCUUGUAUUACCUUUGACAGACGCUGUGUAACUUCAGACCAUUUGCUGCUGGGGGAUUGGGGCUUAACAUUUCCCAUAUAAAGAUAUGCAGCUGAGGCCACUGACGACUGAGCUGCAGUCUGGGUGUGUUUUCUGUUACAUGUCAUUCUGAUCAAUUUGAAGUGAAAUGUCAUUAGACUCCAUGUUUAGGAGCCACUCUCUGUUGUCAUAGUGCCUUGAUGCACUUUGUUUUGGAAAGCAUUGGCUCUAGAGCUACUGUACAGUAGCUUUAUAGAAGAGCCACCCUAAUGGCUGUGGAGCUACAUGAUCUUUAUAGAGCAAGUCUAUUGGCUAUAUAUCUACAGUAGCUUUAUAGAAGAGCCACCCUAAUGGCUGUGGAGCUACAUGAUCUUUAUAGAGCAAGUCUAUUGGCUAUAUAUCUACAGUAGCUUUAUAGAAGAGCCACCCUAAUGGCUGUAGAGCUACAUGAUCUUUAUAGAGCAAGUCUAUUGGCUAUAUAUCUACAGUAGCUUUAUAGAGACACCAUAAUUGACUAAGACGUUAUUGUAGCUCAAUGUAGAGAUUCGAUUGGCUGUGGCUCCUGGUUGCUGUACCAUUCCAGGGCUACCUAACUGCUACCAGAUAGAGUUGCUGUACAGUACCUUUACAGAGCCAUCUAUAGAGCUAAACUAUCAGUAUAAAGCAACUGGUCUUAAAACUACCUUUAUAGGGCCACCUGACCGCUAUCGUUGCGUUUCUGCCUGAACCGUAUGUGCGUUUGUGUUUGUGUAUGGGUGUAUGUUUGUUUUAACCCUCAAAGGGAAUGUCUUUAAAGCUGGGUUGAGAGGAUGAGGGAUGACAUUUAUGGUAGUGUAGCUGUUUGUUGUUCCAAUUCCAAUGGAAGAAGUGUUAUAUCAGAUGUUGUUAUGGAAGAAAAAAAUUAUUUUACAAAAAAAAAGAAUCCAAUCAAUUUUUUCUGACCGGUUUGCUCAAUAUAUUGUCAUGAGGGAGCUGCAUACUGUAUGUAACCUCUGUAUUCACAGAGGUGUUCAAAAAUAAUGUUUAAUAUGUCAGUGUGUUUCUGUUUCAAAGGAUACAUAGUGACUAAGCCUCUCUAAAUGCCUUAAUGUUUCAGUGUUCUCCCUCUUACACACACUCGCGCGCACACACACACACAAACAGAACAUACACACACACACACACACAAACACAACAUACACACACACACACACAAACACAACAUACACACGCAGUGAGGCUACCAAAUAUUCACUUUUCUCCACAGACUUUCCCAAUCCAGAAUGUUGAGCUCUGGAUUUAAAGAGGUUUAGGUUUUGGUGUGUCCGUCCGUCGAUAUGAAAUGGUGUGAGUUUGUUGUACACAUUCCUGCUUGGAGUGGAGGACUUUCAUAGUUUACAUUGACUCUGAAUCUGUAUUGACUCUGAAAUCCCUCCACCCCUCCUCACUGUUAACGUGAAUACAACAUCUAAACCCCAAAACCUCCUUUACUGUAACCAUAACUACACACAUAAUGUACAGUGAAAAAUCUCAUUUUUGGCAAGACAAAAUGUUUCGUAACUGCAUAAUUAUCUCAGUGAAAGACUGGACCAAAUAGAAAUUCAGAAUAUGAUGUUUGCAAUUGGCUCCUUUCAAUGUUUGGGUCCACCAUUUUUGAAAUUCCUCGUAUAGUCCUAUUGCAUUCUAUUGUUUUAUUAUAUCACAGCAUCUGUUUGUCCCUCUGUAGAUCUCCACAUUUACUCGGUCAAUGAAGGCUACAUUCGCUGUGGAAAUGUACCCCUGUGACUUCCUCUGGCUCAGCAGCAGACACAAGCACUAACAAAUAAAAUAAAAUCAAAAUAACACACACACACACACACACUCAGACAUGCAGUUACACACUCAUGCACCCACCUGCACAAGGCACACACAUUUAACACUAACAGUCAUACCUACACAUGCACAGCUGGGGGAUGUUCAGCUCUAGACUGAAGUAAGCCAUGGGACUGUGUCAAACAAAAGGUCAAAGAAUCAUGAUUUGUAUGUCUGUGUGUCCCAGAAGGGGACCCAAUAGUGUGCUGAGGGACACAGGUCAGUUUUCUGUGGUUUGAAUGUUUAUUUAUUUUUGCCAACAAAAAAAGACAAGAGAAAAUAAGGGCCAGCUUGGGGUGAGAGGAAGGGGUCUGCUUUACGGCCAGCCCUAGAGGGAGGGUCUCCACGUGGCCCUUCCCCUACCCCUCCCUAGCCUUGCCGUUUCCGUGCAUCUCUGUGGGAAAGACACGUGUGUAUGUGAUUCUGUAGUCUGUAGUCUGGUGCUAUGUGACCAUGUUUGACAAAUGUGUUUAAAAAAAAUCAGUAAAAAAAUAAAAAGAGUAAAAUCAGUCAAAUUUUUGUGAAGAAAAAAAAAAAGGAAUAAAGUAAAGAUAACUUUGAGAUCUAAACUGUUUUUAUUUAUAUUUAUUUUUGUUAAUUUUUUGUGGGUGUGUGAAUGUAUGUGUGUGCGCAGAAGAUUUAGCUCCCUCUCUCUGGGCAUUGGUCCAUGUCGCUCCAUUCUUUUGUACUGAUAAAGCAAAAAAAAAGAAGAGGGUAAAAUUUGUAAAAUAUUGUGUCUGUGACUCCUUGUAAAAUAUUUUCAAAUUGUUUAUUACAGAGAAUCAGUUAUUAAAUAAUGUUCAUAUUUUUCACUUCA